GCAGCACUUGCACACCUGAAGCCUGGGGCUGGCUAGGGAAAAUCCCCAACACAUCCACUGAGUCAGGAGGAAUUUCCUCAGCUGUGCCAAUGAACCUGCACAACCAGACUCCUGUGCCCAGGCACUGGUCCCUGCCUCCGGCAGGGCUGCCCGGCCACCUGGCGCGGCGAGGGAGAGCGCGUCUUGGCAGCCGGGAGUCUACGGAGGCUACACAGGGGACUGGGGAGUCUGCGUAAGGCCUUGGGUUUUCCCCGGUCAGUCCCGUGCCAGACGGGUCCCAGCGACAGAGGGGACGGGAUUUCGAACAGCAACGGGAAGGCUGUACCGUCUCUUCCCGCGACCCCAUGCCCUGCUCCAGCAGGCCGCUCUCUCUGGCGACAGGAGAGGAGCCGCCUCUGCUCGGACAACGGCCUGCCGAGCUCCGCAGGACAUUCACGACAGGGCCCGGGCCGGCAGAGCACCGCAGGGCAGGGCAGAGCCGAGCAUCCGCCCCCUCCCGUCCCCCUGGGGCACCCGUCCGGGCGGCGGAGGCGGUGGUGUACUGCAUGAACGAGGCGGAGCUGGUGGACGUGGCCCUGGCGGUCCUGGCCGAGUGCGAGGAAGGUGAGGAGAAGGCCCCGUCGCCGAGUGAAGAGGAGCGGGAGCACCAGGCAACGCCAGCCAAGGCUCCUGGAAGCACAGCCAGUGCGGGGGAAGCCGGCGACCGCGGUCCGGCUCUCCCAUCGCCUCCUGAUACCGGUGCCGGUGCCUAUGCAGAGAGAACGGGCCGGGAGGACACUGAGGAAGAUGCUCUGAAAUACGUCAGGGAGAUCUUUUUCAGCUAACGUUCCCCUCCUCGGAGGCUCCCUGGGAGCAAAGGGAACAGUGGAGGGGAAGGUGUCCCCUCCCACAGCCCUCAGGAUGGUGAGAAGAGGGCCUGGAGUGGGCUGUGUAUCUGCCGUGUUGGUGGCCUGUGAAGCUGGUGGGAGGCCCGUGAAGGCUAUGGGGGAAAAGGGGGCACUCACUUCUCCCAGUGUGUGCUGGGUUCACUGGGGUUUGGCUCCAGAUUAGAUUAUGUUCAUUUCUGUUUGGCAUCUCAGAGCAUGGACAGAUUAAAGAGGACGUUUGGGUUUC